AUGGGAGAAGUGCAUCGGAGCGUGCAGGAGCUGGCGGCGUCGCUGGGCGCGCUGCCGCCGGAGUUCGUGCGCCCGGAGCACGAGCAGCCGGCCGCCACCACGUUCCCGGGCGGCGCCGCGCCGGACGCGCCGGUGAUCGACCUGUCGGAGCCCGGGUGCGGCGCGCGCGUCGCGGCCGCGGCGCGGGAGUGGGGGCUGUUCCAGGUGGUGAACCACGGCGUGCCCUCCCCGGUGGUGGCCGAGCUGCAGCGGGUCGGGCGGGCCUUCUUCUCGCUCCCGCGGGAGGAGAAGGAGCGCUACGCCAUGGACCCGGCCUCCGGGAGGAUCGAGGGCUACGGCACGAGGCUGCAGAGGGACCUCGAGGGCAAGAAGACGUGGAACGACUUCUUCUUCCACGUCGUCGCGCCGCCGGAGAAGGUCGACCACGGCGCCUGGCCCCGGAGCCCCGCCGGGUACCGGGAGGCCAACGAGGCGUACUGCUGCCACGUGCAGCGGCUGGCGCGCGAGCUGCUCGGGCACCUCUCGCUGGGGCUCGGCCUCGAGGAGGGCGCCAUGGCGGAGGCGUUCGGCGGCGGCGACCUGGUGUUCCUCCAGAAGAUCAACCUGUACCCGCCGUGCCCGCAGCCGGAGCUCACCCUCGGUGUCGCGCCGCACACCGACAUGAGCACGCUCACCGUCCUCGUGCCCAACGAGGUGCAGGGGCUCCAGGUCUUCAAGGACGGCCACUGGUACGAUGCCAAGUACGUGCCGGACGCGCUCAUCAUCCACAUCGGCGACCAGAUCGAGAUCUUCAGCAACGGGGCGUACAAGGCGGUGCUGCACCGCACGACGGUGAGCAAGGAGAAGACGCGGAUGUCGUGGCCGGUGUUCGUGGAGCCGCCGGGAGAGCUCGUCGUCGGGCCGCACCCGCAGCUGGUCGCCGGCGAGAGCCCGGCCAAGUACAAGGCGAGGAAGUACCAGGAGUACCAACACUGCAAGAUCAACAAGCUCCCCAUGUAGACCGGACACGACAUGCUUGCAGCACGUUUCUCUGUCGUACACUCGU